AUGUGCAAUGUGUCAGUGAGUGAUGACAUCAUCACGAUCCCACAGCCUGCUCUUCUAGUGCCUGCUGAUCUGUGUGUUCUCUAUGUGUGUGUGUGUGUGUGGGGGGGGGGGGGGGCUGGGCUGUCUGCAGUGUUCCCCCAUUGCUCAGGGAUUCCAGCUUGGGAUCUGUCAGAGUGUAGAUCCAUCAUCCUCCACUCACUGCAACUGUCACCCUGCCACUGCCAACCACAGAUACAGUCCAUCCGUGACACUGAUUUUGUCUUUAAUAUUGGUGCUGGUGGCAUUUUAUGGCAC